CACAAGUCGCUCUUCUCAAACACACGUGGAACGUGGACAAAGCUUAAGUUAUUAUUGGUGCAGCUUGGUGAUUGUGGAUUAUAAGUUCAAUUGAUAAAAGUAACGGAAAUUUGUGAAGAAAGACACAAGCGUCAAUUCUUUUUCAAAAAUGUUUGAUUUGAGUAAUACGAGUGAAAAGACGGCGAUCCAACAACUGAUCAGCAGAAGUUCAAGCUCAAUAAAUCGCUCGCAAUUCGUGCGAGAAAUGGAGCUGCGCAUGUGCAAGCGCCUGGUGGAGUUUAAGACCCAAAUGGUAUCGCGUAAUCGUGUAAUUAAAAUGGAUUUCAAUCACAACGGCUCGCGGUUGGUGCGUGUCUGCGAAGACUUGAUUGAGGUUUUGGAUCCGCGGACGCAACGCGUCGUUCACACCCUACCGCACAUCUACGAUUUAUUUCGUAAACACAUUUUCGAGUUUACGGAUGUCGACCACGAACUGAUGGUCGAUUACCAUAGUAUGAAUAGAAACAUCUCAGAGUUACAGCUCUGGGAUAUGCGGUUUCCGUCUUCAAAUGUCAGCAAGAUCAUUUUUCAAGAUACGAUAAUAAAUCAGUAUGCCUACUGCAAGAAGGAGAGGUCCCUCCUAACUGAAAUAGGUGACUACUCCCAUACCAAAAUAGUGCUGUACAACAAAUCAAGCUUUUCGUCGUCGGGAGAUGCGAAGCCUGUGGGGUCUUUAAGUUAUGGGGGUGCACCAAGAAUUGCCAGGUAUAUGUUCAGCCUGUCACCGGACGACAGCUGCCUUAUUUUCCAACCCACUUCCGAGAGCUUCCUUGCUGUGCACAAUCCUUCCUUUUCAACCUUGGGCGAAGCUCUCAACCAGUUUGAGGACGGACGACUGAAGACCAUGAAAGCCCCUUGCACGAUCCCGGUUGGUUUAGGAGUUACAAACAAACUCACCCACAUGGUUCACGAUUCUCAACUGUCCACUCAUUUCAAAUACUGUCCGAGAGGAAACUUCAUUGUCGGUGAUCCUCGCCAAUUUGACGAGAUAUUUAGGGUCUACAGCUUCAACCACGACGUCCCGACGUCUACAUUUCAACAUAACCCACCGGCUCUGGCCAGCACGGCGCAAUUUAUUGCUUCCGCAUACUGGACGUCUUCAUUUGUUCCAUUUAUUCUCAGUGUAACGGGCGAAAUCGUCAUCGCCUGCGAUAUCACAGGAACAGCCAUCGACUUUUACCACUUGAGGGCGCCGGUACUGACCAAAGUUCCAAUAGAUUUAAAGCCCUUUCGUAGUUUAAAGACCAACUCGCCGUCCUCAAUGGCGUUGAGCCCAAACUUAGACAUCUUCGUGACCGGUCAUUGCUCUGGCCGAAUUGUAUGGUAUAAUCCUAGACUUUGAAUCAAAUACACUAUAGAAUUUUGAGAAGGUUCAAUAAAACAUUUCUUUACCGAAGGUGCAGAGGUACCGUUCCACUCAAUUUUCUGUGUUCUUGAUGAACAUUGAUUGGCUAACAGUUGGCCUACAAAAGCUUUACAUUUCAUAUUUGAUUGAGAAGAGUAAAAACAACCUAGAUAGGGAUUUUAAUUGUGGAGUUAAGUAGUUAUGUGGACAGAAUUUUGUUUAUUUCUCUCCCGUCUCUCUCUUGCGGGUAGACGCCUCGUGUGGGCCAUGAACGAAUUUUGACGUGAGAAAUUCGAACUAAAUAUAUCUUCCCUUCGCGAACAAUGUUUAUUCUUGUAUCCCAGUGCGAGAUAGUUUAAUUGCAAACCAUUGUAAACAAACUAAUUUCAGAAUUUUGAAUGUGUUCACUGGCUUGUGAUGCCUUCUAGAUGAGCAUCAGCAACUUCAA